CUAAAACCCUGCGACUAAACGUCGACCAUUUUCGCUUUAUAUCUUUCGCGCACGUCGAAGGAUUGUAGAGUGCAGAGUAAUCAGAAUCAUUCGAAACAAAGCGUCAGCCCUUGAUUUUGCAGCCAUCUUAUCCACCAAGUCUACUGCUUGGUCACAUCGCCUGUGACACAUUUUAUGCGCUUUAUUCAAGCUUGACUAUUGAGCACUGCGUCCCGUAGUAGCAGCAUCGGCAGGCGCGGGAUUUUUGGUGAGACAGGGCCUUUGUGUCGGCUGCAGGAUUAUGGAGAGAAAAAAUGUGGGGGCGGCGGACGGAGGCGUGUCUCCCGAAUCACGAAGUGAGCUUGGUACUACCGGUAUACAAGUGUCUCCGAUCGGGUUUGGGGCUUCAACUCUAGGAAACGAGUUUGGGCUCGUGUCGGAAGAAAGUGGCAUUCAUGCUGUCCACGAAGCUCUUAGGAGAGGCAUUAAUUUCUUUGAUGUCUCUCCGUACUACGGUCGAACGAGGGCUGAAACCGUCCUAGGCAAGGCUCUCCGCGGUAUACCGCGAGAUUCUUAUGUCCUUGGGACAAAAGUUGGACGAUACGACACCGACAAGUUCGAUUUCUCUGCUGAGCGAGUUACUCAAUCUGUCCAGGAGUCCAUGGAGCGACUUGGCGUCGAACAUUUAGACAUUAUUCACUGCCAUGACAUUGAAUUCGCAAAAGAUAUUGAUCAGAUUGCGACUGAAACUAUUCCAGCGUUAAACAAGCUAAAAGCGGAGGGCAAGGUGAAAGCGAUUGGAAUAACAGGGUACCCACUUGAAGUGUUUCCGUAUGUGCUCUCGUGUGCAGAACCAGGGUCUAUUGACGUCGUGUUGUCAUACUGCAACUACUGUCUGCAAAAUGACCGACUUUCACUGAUGUUGGACGGAUUGAAGCGUCAUGGGGUGGGUGUUGUAAACGCAUCCGCCCUUUCUAUGGGAAUGCUGACACCCAAGGGGCCACCAGAGUGGCAUCCAGCGGACAAGGAUACGAAAGAAGCAGCCAAGAAAGCGAGUGCGUAUUGCAAUUCUCGCGGUAGCGACUUAGCGACAGUAGCCUUGCAGUAUGCCAUGCGCUCGAGAAGUGGUAGAAUUGCAAGCACUCUUGUGGGCAUUGACUCGGUUGGUACACUGAAAAAGAAUCUUGCUUUGUUAAGCUCUGAACCCGACUGGGAUCUGAUCCAUGACGUGCAAGAUAUAUUCAAAGAUGUUCACAACCGCCGGUGGGAUAGCGGUCAUUAUCUUGGUUACCAGGGCUAAGGGGUUCCAGGAGCGGAGAUCCUGGGGCUUGUAUGUCUCCGCAGGAAUCGUUUGCACUUCUUGGCCUUCAAAUGAGCAUACGAGCGUCUCCAUGAGUCGACUAGCUCUAUCUUUUGCACUGCAAAGGGCGCAUGGCGAGGGUACCCCCGAGAGCUAGCGAUAGUGCGAGCCUUUUGUCAAAGCAUAUCACGGGGGAUGUGCCGCUCGCUUGCGAUGGAUCCUAGAUGUAGAUUGUACAUAAUGUUGUCUAAAGGCGAAGACAUACCGUACUCGCACUUCGAAAGCUAGGCUGGACAGCGGAUUUUGCUCUCAAAA